CUAAGAGAAUGCUGUUUUAGGUGUAGUUGGUUUUCUUUUUCUAGUUAUAAUUUGAUUGUGAAGGAAAAGGAAAGUUGUUUCUAUCACAAGAUGGCCUCCCAGAUCAGUCAGAACUAUCACCAGGAUUGUGAAGCUGCUGUCAACAAGCAGAUUAAUGUGGAGCUCACUGCCUCCUAUCUCUAUCAGUCUUUGAUGUCCUACUUUGACCGGGAUGAUGUUGCCCUCGCCCAUGUCUCCCGGUUCUUCAAAGAUCAGUCCCAAGAGAAGCAGGAACAUGCAGAGAAGCUGCUGAAAUUCCAGAAUCAGCGUGGAGGCAGAGUCCUCCUCCAGGAUGUGAAGGUUGGAGUUUUUGUGGUUAGCACAACUGCAUCAACAAUGCAGGUUGCCCUGGAUCUGGAGAAGAAUGUGAACCAGAGUUUGCUGGAUCUACACCAACUCUCCACAGCCCAGACUGACCCUCAUCUGUGUGACUUCCUGGAGACUCACUAUUUGGAUGAGGAGCAACAAAAAGUGAAAACAGCCCUUUAUCUACUGACCCAGCUGCCUGAUCACCAAGGUCUAAAGGAAGAGGCCCAGCAGGCUCUGAUUUCAAUCCAGCUGGCGGAAGCAGCAGAGCUGUGA